AUGGACAGAAUCUCAAGGUACGUAGUGCUGGAAUUGAAGAAACUUGGUUUAGGUCUUUAAGCAUAACUGUCUGACUGCUAAAAUGUUGAAAAAUAUACAGGGCGCAAUAUAUGCCCCCCAAAGUACAGAGAGAGAGAGAGAGAGAGAGAGAGAGAGAGAGAGAGAGAGAGAGACCCCAAAUACUUCUCUUGAGGGUUCUAGCUGGCUUCAAGUGUAUUGAAAUGAGUCCAUGUUUACAUUCUGAGCAUGUUUGACUGAAUCAAGCCUUCUGAAUUCCAUGGGAAGGGAGAGAACAGUGGAGCAUGAGUAAGAAUGUAGUUGGAAAUGUCAGUUAGGACACAGCUAGCUCCUGCUCAGGUUCCAGCACAAAGAAAAGCCCGAGGUCACUUCUGACAGAGAAACUGCCAGGGGGGAGCAAAGCACUGUACAUGUUCCAUUACCAGCUGCCCCAGGGCCACAUUACAGGUAAGCGGAAGCUGUGAGCAAGUGCAACUAAUGCUGGAUAAAGCUAAGAAGCACAGGGGUCUGGAGGGAAGGCCUUUCCCCCAGGAAAAUGGUUCAAGAGUUGUUCUUGGUUUUUGGCAAGAGAUCCAUCAGUGGGUGCCUGUAAACUGGGGAGGUACAGAGAGGGACAGGAUGUGUGAAAUGAGAGAGUUCUUUUGCAUUAUCUCUCAGCAUUCACACAGGGUUCGCCUGCAUGCUUUUCUUCGACACUCUCCUCCAAGAAAAGGGGGGGGGGAAGAACCCUGAACCAGCAGAUUCCAGAAAAGUGCAGCUCUUCACUUUGCAUUGGUAUGCAAGGAUAUUAGAACAAGUACAAGUCUCUCUCAUGCGGCUAUAACUUUCUUGGGCUAACCUUCCACACAAAGUCCUCCCACCACUGCAAAGUGCUUUGAAGCAGAGGUAGCACAAAGGGAAUAGGUGUGCUUAACUCUUCCCUUGAUAGUGACCCUCCUCCAAGUGACUUUUCUUCUGCUGUUGUUGUUGUAGGCCCAUGUUUACUUCACAAAUGCUGGUCUGGAACUAUACAGUGCUAAAAGCAGCCGGGAUGGAUUAUCUGGGUAAUUCUCCUUUUCUCUGUAUCUUCUGUAAACCUCUUAUAGAUUGAAAAUAUGUUUCUUUAAGCAGUAACCACAGUAGAAGAAAACAGCAUAGAUAGGUCGUGUAGUUUGCAGAUGACAUCAAGUAUUUAGAAUCGUGUGUAUACCUAAGUGGACUGAAGAGAAAAAGAUCUCUUCAGACUGGGUGAAUGAGCAACAAAAUUAUACAUGGAAUUUGUCAGGGGGGGAAACCAAACUAGGUGCAACUUUAAUUGUAUGGAUGCAGUUAACACACACAUUUUUGUUUCCCUGUCACAAACUUGACAAAAUUGGCUUUCCAAAGCUGCCAUUUGCAUUUCAAGCAGCAAUGUUCCCUAGGGAGGCUUGCCCUUGAAAUGCUUCUCUGAAGCUGCUUUUUGUGGCUUUAGUUCAGAAUGUGGCAGGAAAAGAAUAAGUUCUCUACCCUCCUGUAUGGUCCUGAAGCUGCUCUGAGGCCCCUGCGGCUGCUAUUUAUGUAAUUAACACAUGUGUGCUAAUUGCAUUCUCAAAAUGGCAUAUUUAGUUUGACCCCCAGCAUAAAGUGACCAAGACUGAGGCAAAAGCAAAAAAGAAAAUGGGCUAAUCAGGAAAGGGACACUGGUGGCAGCACCAUCACAUUGACUCCAGAGGUCAUAUUCAGUGUAGAGCUACAUAGCUGUCAACUUUCAGAUUUGAAAAUAAAGGAUCAGCAGCCUCGAAAAUAAGGGAUCAGCAGCCUCACCUGUCCUGGGGACAGUCUACAGAAUAUCUAACAAUCCGGGAUAGCAGCGGGAAACGGCGCUGGAAUAAGGGAAUUUCCCGCAAAGAAAGGGAAGGUUGACAGCUAUGUAGAGCUAUAUCCUUGCACAAGAGGAAUAACUUUCCUCCUCUCCCAGCUCAUGCCCUAAAUCUGUCCUCUGGGUUCCCUCAACCCUCCAGAGCAGAUUUGGGAAUGGUACGGGGCGUAUGCAGGGAGAAGAGAAGAGGGCAGUCCUGCUGUGCAAGCAGAAGUCAUUCUGCUCACCCAACUGUUUAGUUCAGUAAUACCACCCAUAUCUAGCAUUGGGAGGGAGGGCACAUGUUAGAGUAUAUUAGGAGGAAAAUACAAAGGCAAUUAUUCAGGACAGACAAAGGGAAACAUUUCUUCACACAUAGAUAAAACCAUGGAAUUCAAGCCAUAGGAUGCAGAGAUGGCCACCAACAUGGUUUGAAAAGGGUGUUUGACGUAUUCAUGGAGAAGGCUAUCGAUGGCCAUGCAUUGCCUCCAGUAUCCCAGUGACCUACUGAAAAGUGCCCCAGGCUCACUUUAUCAUAUAGCUUCGUGUCGCCAUAUUUCUCACUGGGAUUUAUGUGUCAGUCUGAUUAUGCGCCCUCCCCUUAAUUUGUCUUCACAGAUCCUAUUUUGAUCAUCGAAGCCGUAUUUGCUCUACAGAAAUGAAUGAACAAUCACCCCAGCAGAAGGAGCUAAUGAUACACAGGAUGCUUACAGCAAGGAUAAUUAG